UGUAAGUCUGUGAAACCUAUUUCGUUUGCUAAGAUGGAAAUCAAAAGAAUGGAACAACGUCUAAGGACAAGUCUGCUUCAGUAUUUGUCCAAGACAAACACACGGACCAUGACUCCAGUAAGACAACACAUUCUUCAAAUUUUAAUUUUCCUCUACGGAAAAGACACUACAAACAAAGAUGUUGGAUUUUCAUUUUCAAACAAGAAAGACAUUGCCGAUGAACAGAAGAAGUACAUUAUCUUUGCCUAUCUGUUCAUGGAAGCUUUGAAAAAGAAUAUGAUUACGGAGACAGAUUUACAUACACUUCAGAGAAUGUGGACACAGCAUAUUUUGUAUCUGGCCAAAAGUGGUAAAGACAAGGCAGCUGAAAGAUACCUCCGAAUUCUAAAAGACAGUGAGGAAGUCAUUUUCAAUAUUAAACGAUUUCAAAGGCAGCUCACCAAAACCAAAGACUUCUUAGCCAAGAACAGCGAGGAUUCCGCCAAGACACACAAGUUAGGCCAAACGUUCCACUUCCAAAGAUCAGGCUUGUUUGAGAGAAUGGGGACAAGGCUCAAAAAACUGUUUGGUCAUCGUGACCCUGAUGACUUUUUAUGUCCAAAUUUCAGGACAUUAGCUGAAGUCAGGGAGAUCUCCGUGUUACAGCAAACCAGUGAUAUCUGAAUGACUGCAGCAGUGGACGUUCAAGGCACAGCACUGAUUGAUGCAUAAACAACAAGUCCAUUACUUUAGAUGUGACAAUUCUUUCAAGCUUCAUCAUAUGAUCAUCAUCAUAACUUUUGUAGUUAUUAUUUGAUAGUGGCGUUUUAGUCAAAUUUUUCAUCAUUUUCGUAGUUAUUAUUUGAUAGUAGCGUUUUAGUCACAGUUCUCAUCACUUUUGUAGUUAUUAUUUGAUAGUGGCGUUUUAGUCACAUUUCUCAUCACUUUUGUAGUUAUUAUUUGAUAGUGGCGUUUUAGUCAAAUUUUUCAUCAUUUUUGUAGUUAUUUGAUAGUGGCGUUUUAGUCACAGUUCUCAUCACUUUUGUAGUUAUUAAUUGAUAGUAGAUUUUAGUCACAUUUCUCAUCACUUUUGUAGUUAUUAUUUGAUAGUGGCGUUUUAGUCAAAUUUUUCAUCAUUUUUGUAGUUAUUAUUUGAUAGGGGCGUUUUAGUCACAUUUCUCGUCACUUUUGUAGUUAUUAUUUGAUAGUGGCGUUUUAGUCACAUUUUUCAUCACUUUUGUUGUUAUUAUUUGAUAGUGGCGUUUUAGUCACAUUUUUCAUAACUUUUGUAGUUAUUGUUUGAUAGCGGCGUUUUAGUCAUUUUUCCGCAUUAAAAUCAUCUUUU